CCAAUUCAUUGUUUCCCACUCGAAUUCAAAUCGAAACCCUAAUCCCCAAAUUUCUAAAAUUUUCUUGCGAAAAUGUCAGGUCGUGGAAAGGGUGGUAAGGGACUCGGAAAGGGAGGAGCAAAGAGGCACAGAAAGGUUCUUCGUGAUAACAUCCAAGGAAUCACAAAGCCUGCGAUUCGUCGAUUGGCUCGAAGAGGUGGUGUUAAGAGAAUCAGUGGUUUGAUCUAUGAAGAAACGAGAGGAGUUCUCAAGAUCUUCUUGGAGAAUGUGAUUCGUGAUGCAGUUACAUACACUGAGCAUGCAAGGAGGAAGACUGUUACCGCCAUGGAUGUUGUUUAUGCUCUUAAGAGACAAGGAAGAACUCUCUAUGGAUUCGGAGGUUAAAGAAGAUGAUUGACUCUUGUUUAUUUUCAAUUUCUUUAGCUUUUUAAUCUGAAUAUUCGAUUGAACCUUAGAGUUCUUGUAAUGAUUUUCUAGAUUAAUAUGAAUCUUGUAAUUCUCUAGUGA